CUUAACUAACUAACUAACAUGAUCAAAUCCUAUAAUAAUAUGAGAUAAAAAAGAUUAAAACUUGACUACCCUAUUAUCAUGUCGACCUACAAAUAGGCUAAAGGAAGACAUACAAGAUAAUAACUGAGAGACUAAUGCUAAAAUAGCUCUACCAUGCACAUCUAUUCCUCCUAAUCCAUACAUUUGGUAAUAAUCUGUCUUAAAAAAGAUAGAAGGGAAAGUUAGAGAGAGAUUUUCCUAUGUCCUCUCUCCUUUCUUUGUUACCAUUGAGUAUGUCUGGAGACACCAAACCUCCGGAAAUGGAGGUUGACCACAGCCUCAAGCCUCCUGACGGCUCGUUGGUUCAGCCAGCAAAGAAGUCGAGGGCUUCAACUGGAGAAGGCUUCUCUAGCAAGGGAAGAAUGGAUGUCGCAAUCGUGACGGUGACGAAAGCAACUGAAGAUCCGGAUGAGAUAGCGUCGGAGUUUUGAUCACGUUCAUCCGUGUAGGUUAUUGUUAGUGGUUAGUACGUGUCAACAACUACCUCAUCCUAAGCCAAGUUUAACCUAAGAUGGCAUUGUCGUAUAGUGGCAAUCAAGGUCGUAUUUUACUCAGGUCCUGGUACCCUAGCCUUCUUCACACCUCGUUGAUUGUCCUCUUCUGGAGAUGGAAGACAGAAUUAAAAAGAAGGAAAGAUUAGGGCAUUCUUGGAAUUAAAAAGGACCAAGUCCUUUGUCUUCUUUCUCGGAUCCAUGAAUGGAGCGCUGUGUUUUGGGAUGAAUAAAAGGGACACAUAAUUGGCCAGCGCGAUGGAGGAAUUUUUUUGGACGGAGAACUUCUUUUGGGGGAGAACGGGAGCGAGCAGUAGGCGACUUGGGCGAUUGAGUAAAGAGCAAGCAAGCUGCGGCAAUAGAGUGCAGAGCGCGGAACGAGCAGAGCAGUGGGGAAGAAAAUCUCAGUAUUCUUUUUCUUUUGCUUUGAUUCAUGACAUGAUGAUUAUGAACAUGAUUAUAUCUUUUAAUUUUGUCAUGAACUAAAUCCCAAUUUCUGGGGGAAACACCAUAGGAUGUAGCUAUUUCUAGAUUUGAUGGAUUGAUGAAUAUUUCCUUUCUUCUAAUCUCUAUUGCAUGAAAUUAUUUAAUGCUUUGUGUUGAGUGGCAACCAAUACAAUGAUUUGUACUUAAUUAGGUUAUUAGCGACAAUGAAACCCUAAUAACUGAACAUAUUUCAUAUGACAUAGUGACUUAUCGAAGCGACAGUGGAUUAAAUAAGAUGCUAUGUGGUCUUGAUUGAGAUAUCGAUCUUCAAGCUAAAUAAUUAAUUCAUUGAGCUACGAUAGUAGAAUUUGAAUUGAUUGUUUAGUACGCAGUAAUUCCCGACAGGGAUAGCUAACACAGUUGUGAUAUCCCGGGUGUAGAGAUAUGGAUUAAACUAAUUGGAAUAUGUGAAUUAAUUUGGAUAUGAUAGGUAGCGAGUCUCGCUGUUUCUCCCAGAGCUUUCUCCAUUGAAUUUAUCCCGACAGUUUUCAAUUACUUCAUUUGUUUAUUUAAUUUUGCUUUUAGAAAUUAGUUUAUCUCUCAAACCAUUUUCACUUGUAGUUUGCUCUAUAAAAUUGGUAAAAUAUAAGGUUGUACCAGUCCCUGAGAGACGAUACCCGGACUUUCCGAUUUACUAUGAGAUAGGAAUUGAAGCAUUACGUUUUUGCCCUAUCAAUCCCUCACCCUAGGCUAGGACUAUUAUGUAAUGUCUAGAUAGUUAGGUUUCAUCGAAUGUGGUGAGUGAGCUAUUUUCUAUGGGAUUUUGUGGUUAUCCACACGCCUCCGAGUAUGCCUCCUUUAAACCCAUAUAAAGUCACAUCGAUCUAGGUUAUCGUAUAUGGGGCAUUAAGCUCAUAGCUACUUUCAAUGGAUACUAUCCAUCGUCCACACCGAGGUUUCAUCCCGGGUUCUAUCUAGGAAGGCUACCUAUAGCAAAAGUUCGGUCGCCUCGACCACCAUAGGUCCCUAUUCAUACAUCAACCUCAAUUUGCUUGAUGACGCAUACCCGUCUAACGCUAGAACUCCAUACCCAGCAUAGAAGCAUAAAGUAGGCUAAUAGAGAAGAUUAGGGGGACUUACCCAAAUACAAUCAAGGAUAGAAU